UAGACGUUAGUGACGUUCUUGGUGUUCAGUUUAGAGUCAGAUAUUAUAUUAGUUCAAUUUAUUGUCCUAUCGUAGGAUGAAAAAUAAUGACUUGUUUAAUACGGAAACGUUUUGUUUGUCGCAUUUGUAUUUUUGAAAAUUAAAAUUGUAACAUAUUGGUGUAAUAAAACAGUAAGUUUUAAGGCGAAUGAUUACCGAAAACAUUUAUCCAUCAAUAGUCUAGUGAUAUAUACUAAUGUUAUUUGUUUACGUUACUGUUUUUGUUAAGUUAUGAAUUCUAUUAAUUAGAGAUUCAGCCGGAAUCUGCACUUGUCCAAGCAAAUCAAAUAACCAAGCAGUUUUUAAUACAAUGUUAAGAAAAACAGACAUAUGUCUUAACAUAGCUUGAUUGAGAUAUUUUCAAAAAGAAAACAAAUGUUUUAUUAGGAUAUCCACAGACUCAAGACAACAUUGUCUGUAUUAAGAAGAUGUGUACUCCAUUGUGAAGAAGAUGAGUUCAGAUUUAGACUUCAACAUUCUCACAAACAGCAGGUUUGAUGCAAAGUGGUUAAAGAUAGACCUACAGGAUGCCUUGAAACGGCAACAGUUAGCACAAUCCUGGAAUGAGCUGAUCAAGGACGGAGAGAUCUAUGGUGACUUCAGUGAGACACUCCUGAAUGGGGUCGGAGUGGCAGCUCGAAAAGGUCACAGCGGCCACUACUACUGCGGACUUCGUGUCCUGAGCUGUGCCUGCUGCGAUGGUAUCUGCGGACCUCAGAGAGGCUGUAACUGCGGUGCCUGCCAACAACUGGAUCAGGAGGAAGUGUCGCGUGCCCAGACUCACAAGGCACAGCCCUCAUCCCAGUUCCUGGAUAGAUGGGAGUGGGCCAACACACAUUCUGUGAAGGAGCUAGAGGCGUGUGUAGAGUCGCUAGCACACGAGCAGAGACAAUUGUGCGAGAAUGUGGCUGGUAGCACAUUGUCUGUGUGCAGACUUCGACAACGGCUUGCUGUCACGUAUCGGUACUUCUUAGCCUUGGGACGCCAUAUCCCGGCUGAUGCUACCAAGUCAGACACCGGUCCACAGCCUACACACCCACCUACUACAACCAAAAAGAGUGUUAAUAAACUGGCUUCUGAGAAUGCAUCGCUUGGAUUGGCUCGUGUUGGCACUCGUGCAGCACUCAACUUCUCAUUUGCGUUCCUGCGAAGAGCUUGGAGAUCAGGGGAAGAUGCAGACCUCUGCAGUGAACUACUCCAGGAGUCCCUCGCGGCCAUGCAGUCGCUGCCAGUGGCCACGUUGUUCGAUGACUCGUCCGUCUCUCCUGUCUGGAUGGAGGUGGUUGACCGAUCUGCCAAAUUUCUCAAACAAGUUGUAUUAGGGGAGGACAACAGUGGUGUGAGCAGCACUGUUCCCAUGGCUGACCAACAUUAUGCUCUGUGUCUGCUUCUUGAGUUGGCCACCCAGAGAGCGACCCUGAGUCACUUGUUGGAGGCUGUUCUGCUCUUACUGCACCUCCACAGCAGCCGCAGUCACCUGGACAACCGAUCCGAUGAUGCCGAUGUCAACCCUCCCCUGGUACCUCUACUCCGAAGACUGGAGAGUAUCCCCUCAGCCAAACCUACCACUGCAACAAAUGAAGAAUGGAAUGAUAACACCCCUUUCAGAGUGAGUCCCACAGCUUGUUUCCUUCAGUACCUGGAGCUUCCAGAGGAUGAUUGUAUGGACCUGCAACUGGCAGCAAUAGUGAUAAUGGCUCAUCUCGACAGACUUUCUACUCCAUACUUGCCUCCAGCCACUUUCCUGCAGAAUAGUAAGCUGUUCCAAGAUGUACAGGCGUGGGGGUGGCUGCCGUGGGACCUGGGGGACACCCCCCACAGUUGUGAGCAGAUCGGAGAGUUGGGUGUGAGCAGCAUGGUUUGUGGAGAGCAGGGUAUCUUGCUGUUGUCUCAUUGGGGGAAACUGUACUUCAUGCAAUACACUUCUGAGACACAGACCCCAGAGAAGGUGGAAGGGCUGAACAACGUAGAGGUGGUGGAGAUAGCUGCACACCCUGAUGCCAAGCACUACCUGGCCCUGACAUCAGAGGGGGAGGUGUACGCCUGGGGCAACGGUGACGGAGGAAGACUAGGGCUGGGCGACAUCAGCAAUAGAGAUGAGCCCACACUGGUUACCACCCUGUCAGGCCUCAAAGUCACCAAGAUAGCCGUCGGCAAUACUUACAGUGCUGCAGUAACAUCAAGAGGAGAAUUGUUCACUUGGGGUCGGGGCAACUACGGCCGAUUAGGACAUGGGAGCAGCGAGGACGUCAACCUGCCUACUCUAGUUGUGGGGCUGAAAGGUCAGCACAUAGUGGACGUGGCCUGUGGCAGUGGUGAUGCCCAGACUCUGGCUGUCACCGACUCUGGCCUUGUGUUUUCCUGGGGUGACGGAGACUACGGAAAACUGGGGCGUGGAGGCAGUGACGGUUCGAAGCUACCAAAAUUGGUUGAUUGUCUUCAAGGAGUUGAAAUAAGCAGGGUUUAUUGUGGUGCCCAAUUCAGCCUUGCCCUAAGCAGUACUGGGGACAUAUACGCCUGGGGAAAAGGUGACAACUUCCGGCUCGGCCACCCUUCUGAGGAACAUGUGCGCUUCCCCAAGAUCAUUCAGGCCAUGAAAGGCAAGAGGGUGAAGGAGCUGGCUGUAGGACUGGUACACGUUCUGGCCCUGACGGAGAGUGGGGAGGUGUACAGCUGGGGCAAGCAGGAGUAUGCACAGUGCGGAGACCCAGCACCCUCGGAUGAGCCACAUCUGGUCACUCCUCUCUGUGGCAAGACUAUUGUUGGCAUCGCCUGUGGCCCCACUCAGAGUUUUGCCUGGAGCACUAGUGACAGUUGGAAGGUGGGCCUCCACGUCAUGUUUGUGGUGGAUAUCUGUGAGGACACACUGCUCAGGCUGGAGGAGCUGCUGACCAGUGCAUGUGAUGACAUCCUAGUCAAUACUGACUGGCCACCACCUCAACACACAGAGUGUCUGAUUGUGUCGACGCUGAACAUCCUGCGGCUGCAACUACAUGCCAUGACCAAGCACCAAGUGGAUCCAGCCAGUGUGGGAAUGGCAGGCUCACGUCUGCACGCCUCUCUCAGGCGGCUGGUGGUGGAGUUGGCCAGCAGCGCCUUCGUGUUGGAGACUAUUCAGGCGGCUGCCCAGGCCACGCUGCAGGCGGGCUGGAGCAUCCUGCUGCCCACUGCGGACGAGAGAGCUCGCACACUCUCCUCCUUGUUGUCUGGCUCGGAGUGGGAAGCCAACAACCUGAGUCAAGGACACCACUUCAUGACAGACCUGCUGGUGUCCAGUCUAAUGGCUGAUGGAGGCUUGGAGACUUCCCUGGAGGCAGCUAUCAAGGGAGAACUGGCAGAACUGAAGGACUCUGACUCAGACUCACACUUGGACUCGGAGAGUCAUGACAAGUACUCAACAGCUGUUCCACUGCUACACCUGGUCAAACAGUUGCUCAGGAACUGUUUCGCUCAGAGUGAGAUGUCUCUGCAGACACUGAGACACAAGCCAGGUCAGCAGCGCUCCCCAAGUCUUAAUUUACUGCUGCGCUUCCAGCGAUUGCUUGUCUCACAGAUCUUCCCUCAUAACAAACAGACCAAACCUUACGAGGAUGAGAAUAGCCACGGAGCCCAGUCCCUACUUCAUAAAUACAUCGUACUGCUGACUAAACCACUCACUAAGGUUAUUAACCUCGCUGCUGGAUUAGCGGCUCACAGCACCAGACACUUCUACGUUGUUGCGGCCAUCUUGAAGCAAGAUGCUGUUGAAAUGCUGCUACCAGAGCUGCUAGUGUCCUUGGUGAUGCUCCAGCAAGAGGUACCACUUCUGCUGCACAAUGUGGACUGGCUCCAGCUGUUCCAGCCCCUGCUGGAGGCUUUGGAGGCAUUCAACAGGCUCACUCCAGGGCUGGACAAGGAAGAUGAUGAGGAUCUCUCUUGGCCUGGAGUCAAUAUAAACACCACCAACUACAAGAGCCCCGAGGAGAUGACGCUGAUCCGCAAAGCUGACAUUGAGAACCACAACCGGGACGGGGGACUGUGGAUUCUGAUAAACAGUAAGGUGUACGACAUACAAGACCUCAGAUGUGGAGGCAAGGAAGGCAUUUGCCUGGCUCAAGAAGAUCUUGCCCAAGCUCCUCAUGAUAUCUUAGCCACCUACUGUGUUGGAAAUUAUCUUGAUCCUGAGGAAGAAGUAUUACAGAGUGUGGACCCUGGGGUAGUAGGGUCACCAUUAUUGGAUGCAGAGCGGGUGCUGGGGUAUUUGCUGGGUCUACAUGCCCACUGGCUGGCUCAGAGCACCCCACUACAGCUGGUGGAGCAGGAGGUGAGUGGGUGGCUGGCAGCGGAACUGUUGCAGGGAGGGCUGCACGUCACUACACCCCCCAGCCCCUACGAGGAGAAGAGUGAGGCCCGCAGCACUGGCAGCACCCCUACAGACCCUUCCACACCUCAGGCCCCUCAGAUUGACACCAGUCCCACCGACCACGUCAGGCUAUCUGAACACUGGGUGCACACCUUGCUGACCCUGUUAGACCAACACUUCAAGCAACAGAAUGUCUACCACUUCAUGAGGCACAUCUCCUUCGCUCCAGACCAUCCGGUGGAGGAGGUGGCCAGACUGCUCCUGUCAGUAUUGGUCAAACAUUUGGCCUUGGGCCAUCACGCCAUCAGCAUAAUUGAAAAAGGGUCGGUGGGGAAUCAUGCCAAGUACUUUACCAACGUUGCGAAGGUGAUCCAUCAGACUAAGUGGAAGCUGAUCAAGAUGAGGCAAGAACAAAACCGUUCCUAUAAAGAAGUCUGCGCACCCAUUCUCGACAAGUGCAGGUACUUGCUGUACGAGGUAAGGCCAGCCACCAGCCAUGAGUGCAAUGCUCUGAAGCAUUUGCAGCUGCUGUCUACAGAGUCUCGUUGGCAACGCAUCAUCAAGACUGUCAUCAGGCAACGGCGAGGUUCCAAGACUGCCAACUUACAGAAUCAGGAAAUAAAAGCGAAGAAGAUGAAGGAUACUGAUAUCAGCAAGGAAGGACCUUCUAGGGCUCAAACCAGUUCAGACAACAGUGGAGAGGUGCCAGUUCGCUGUGAGAGUGAGGUGGUUCUGUCUCAAGCGAUUGCAGACUUUGUGACCCUUGGCGGAGAUGUGGAGGCGCUUCGUAAGGCCAUGUACUGUCAGGUGGAGAGAGCCAACCUGCGGAAGAGUGGGCUGCAAAUGAUGCUGCAACUGGUGAAGCGAGAUCAGCUGAUCCCCUCAGUCAAGUAUUACUUGCUGAAUGGCUGGCUGGGCCCUGCCACCCCACAUCACCCCCUCCAAGCUCGUGGCAAGGUUUCCCAUUGCCUCACUGACAUCCAAUUAGUCACAACCUACCAGAAGGUGGAGGUCCUGCUGGCACAGGCUGAACUACUACAGUGGACCCUCCAGAGUCUCAAAGGUCUGGUGUUGCAGUCGGAACACUGGGCUAAGUGGCAUGGCCCUCGUACGUCUUUUAACUGUCUGCGCAAACUGGCCUGGACUAGGUUUGUGAUAGUGCUUACUGGGAUGUUAACUCAGGCUCAUCAUGGCAAUGAGCUCAGUCUCAUCAUCAACUCUGGACUGUUUCCACUCAUGCACUAUAUCCUCAAGGAAUCUGAGGUGGACAGAGCCAUGCAGCCAACACUGGAGAAGAAGGAGGUGUAUGUGAUACUGGAGGAGCAGAGUGGCAGCUACCGGCCGGACCUGACAUCUCUCACUGGCCCGGAGAUGUCCAGGUUGCUUAAGAUAGGCACCAGAGUGGUACGGGGCAUCGACUGGAAGUGGGGAGAUCAGGACGGUCCACCCCCUGGUGAGGGUAGGGUAAUUGGAGAACUAGGAGAGGACGGAUGGAUCAGGGUGCAAUGGGACAAUGGUGCCACCAAUUCCUACCGUAUGGGCAAGGAGGGCAAAUUUGACCUGAAGCUGGCAGAGCCUCCCUCCGCUGAUGACACUGAAGACCCAGAAUCAGUUGUUGACAACAAGCUUGCCACCCUGAGUAGUGAGGAGGCACCACCAGCUGACCGGCUGAGACAGGUGGUGGUCAACCUACUCAGGACAGUCACCAUCUGCUGUGGCCUGCACGCAGAACACAUCCAGCCCUCGGCCAUACAGUCACUGACCACCUUGCUGCGGAACAUUGUCCAGAUGAAAUAUUUGACGGGGAAACAGCAGAGGGACUGGGCGACUCUAGGGUUCAUCCGAGCGAUCUGUGUGUCCAGUCCUCUGUGUCAAUCUCUCAGCUCUCCGCCAUGGUUGGAUCUACUCUUCACCAUUGCUUCGUCCUUCGAGUCACCAUUAGUCAAGCUUCCUACUCAGCUCCAGACAUUCAGGCUGCUGCGAGCAGUUCUGCCAACUGGUAUUACCAACCAGGAGCAGCGUUACACUGUGUUGCAGAGGUUGUUUCACCUGCUCGGGGUCUCCGCUCUUACAUGCCAACAAGACGUCAGUUACUACACAGGCAAUCUACGUCCUGUGUUCCUCACUGCUUCCCAGACAACCACUGUUGUUGAGGAAUGUAUCACACUGCUCCGCACCUUGUACAAUGAGUGGACCCAGGUUUUCAACUUGGUGUUAAGUGGUACUUUGGCUACAGCUAGUGACCUUCUCUCUCACCCCUUACUUAACCUACAGAAUGAGUCUGAGUUGGACACAGUGUCAAUGCAGUCUGGUGCUAUGGCAGCCCUGCUUGUUAUUGGAGGUAUGGAUUCUCGGCCUCGCAUCGGAGGAGUGGUCUCUGUGGAUAACUGUGGUGAAGGCACAAUUUGUCGCUUCAGUCAGCACGGAAAGUUGGUGGUACAGAUGCACGACAGUAGCGCUACCAAGAAACUGACUCUGCAUUCUCUGUCAGUAUCACCAACCCCUGCCUUCAACCUGGAUAAGAUCCAUAUGUCAGAGUCCGUGCAAGACACAUGGGCCACUCUGCUGUCCAUCACCACACUCAGCCACACCUUCAAGACCUCACCAGGCAUUAUAAACAUACCAUUACUACGUAAUCAACAACAGCUGCUAGUUGCCAUCAAGGCAGGUCGGGUAUUGUUGCGCCACCAGAGUAAGCUGCGUCGUGUGCUGCGCCGCCCCACACUACCGCCUACAGCUAGCCUCGAGGCUCUCAAUGAGGUGGAUGACCUCGAGUCGGAGAGCACCUCGCUGCUGCUACAUCACCUCAUCGCCAACGCUGUCCAACCCUCACCCCUCAAGUCGGAGUACUCUAGGCAAGAGCUGGAGGAGGCAGCCAUCUGUGUGAGUCAGUACCUGGCUGCUCAAGUGAAGCAAAAGACUUCGGACCAGCCCGCCUCUAUGGUUGAGUCCUGUAAUAAGAUUGGUCGAUCUAAACGAGUAGCCAACCUCACAUCCCCCUCUCCUCCCAUCAGCCUGGUCACACAAGUCAUGGAGAUGGGCUUUGCCAAACGCACAGUCGACGCUGCCAUCAAAGUUCUGGGAGAGACCAGUGAAACCCCACUGACUGCAGAGAGGCUGGUAGCUUGGUUAUUGGAACACCCAGAGGAGUGUCUGUCUGAGUCUGCCUCCCUGUCGUCCUUCGAGGCUCUGUCAGACAAGGACUCUCUGUCUGACGAGGUUACAUCUUGCACAGAGGAGUCGAGUUCCGUGACCCAUUAUCACAAACGCUCGGACUUCUUCAGCCAUGACGAGUAUGCCAUGUACGUGAGAGACUAUGUGGCCCCAGGCAUGCUGGUCCGAUGCUGCAAGUCUGUAGAUGAGGUACACCAGGGCGAGAUGGGCAGAGUCCUUACCAUAGACCAUGAGGGCCUGCACGACUUAAAUCUCCAGGUGCUCUGGCAGGAGAGGGCAGGCCGAGAGCAGAACACUCUCUGGGUGAGGUUCAUUAAUGUCGAGCUGCUCGGGUUCUCUGCCCCGUCCACUGUGUCUCCCGCCAUUAAGGUUGGGGACAGGGUGAAGGUCAGGUCAUCUCUCGCUACACCCCGUUUCAAGUGGGGCUCCAUUGAUCACAACUGUGUCGGAGUUGUUACAACUGUGAGCGGCCACGGCAAGUACGUCACUGUGGACUUCCCCCAGCAGAUCAACUGGACUGGAGUGGUCUCUGAGAUGGAGGUGGUGCCCUCGUGCCACCUCAACAUCAGUUGUAAUGGCUGCCACAUGUUUCCUCUUAUUGGCCCUCGCUUCCGCUGCAAGGCAUGCGAUAAUUUCAAUUACUGUGAGAACUGCUUCUACACGCAGAAAAACCACAGACACAGCUUCAGCCGCAUUUUUGAACCAGGCAGUGCUGCCGUAUUUGCUGGCAAACCUGGCCGGUUCAACCGACAAGACAUGGCGCCGGAGGCUGACAACAUAGAGGACUGGUCUCAGUGCAUCAAGAGCUUCUCUGUCAGUUCCAGAGAGAGCUGUGCUCACCACCUCAUCGAUCCCUUCUCUGACAUGUACUGGCAGAGUGCUGGCUCACAGGGGAAGCAUUGGAUCAGGCUGGAGAUGCAACCAGACAUCAUGAUUCAGUCCCUACGGAUGAAGGUGGACCCCUGCGACAGUAGCUACAUGCCGUCCCUGGUGGUGGUCUCAGGAGGCAAUUCGUACACUGCCCUCCAGGAAUUGGCCACUGUCCAUGUGCGGAACACCAACACUAUUGUCACCCUACUGUCUGACCUCAAGAAGUUUUAUCCAUACAUUGAGAUUGCCAUCAAGCAAUGUCGCAAUGGUGGUAUUGACUGUAAGAUUCACGGGCUAUACAUCAGUGGCCGGAGGAGGUCUCCUUUCAGUGACCUUCCAUCAUCAGUCUCAUUCCUGGCCUCUGAUUGUCCUGACAUCCAGUCGUACAACUAUGUGUCUGAGGUGGAGAACAGUGUGGCAUCCAGUCAUAGCAAAGUGUUUGUUUGGGGACUCAAUGACAAGGACCAGUUGGGUGGUCUUAAGGGCUCCAAGGUCAAGUUCCCCUUCUACUCGGAGGUGCUGUCCUCACUCAGACCCACCUACAUCGCAGGCGGCUCCAAGUCCCUCUUCAUCGUGUCGCAUGACGGCAAGCUGUUUGCCUGUGGAGAGAGUACCAACGGUCGACUGGGGCUGGGACACAGCAACAAUGUCUCACUGCCUCGACAGCUGACCUCUCUCAGUCAAUAUGUGGUCAAGAAGGUGGCAGUCCACUCCGGCGGCAAGCACGCCAUGGCUCUCACACUAGAUGGAAAGGUGUUCUCAUGGGGGGAGGGAGACGACGGAAAGCUAGGUCAUGGCAACCGCACCACGCUAGAGAAACCACGACUGGUAGAGGCGCUCAAGUCCAAGCGUGUGCGUGACAUCGCAUGUGGCAGUUCGCACAGUGCAGCCAUCACCUCCAGCGGUGAACUGUACACCUGGGGCCUUGGCGAGUACGGUAGACUGGGUCACGGGGACUCCAUCACACAGCUCAAGCCUAAACUGGUGAAAGCCCUACUGGGUAACCACAUAGUGAAGGUGGCAUGUGGCUCCCGGGACGCCCAGACCCUGGCCCUCUCCACAGACGGGAUGGUGUUCUCGUGGGGCGACGGGGACUUUGGCAAGUUGGGGCGUGGGGGCAGCGAAGGCUGUGAUCUUCCUCACAACAUCGAGCGUCUCAAUGGUCUCGGCGUUGUCCACAUCGAGUGUGGCGCUCAGUUCAGUCUCGCGCUCACCAAAUCUGGUCAGGUUUGGACUUGGGGGAAGGGAGACUACUUCCGUCUGGGUCUAGGGACAGACCAGCAUGUCCGUAAGCCAACUCUAGUGGAGGCCCUGAGAGGGGAAAGAGUGGUCCAUGUGGCUGUUGGAGCCUUGCACUGCUUGGCUGUCACUGAUACUGGUCUAGUCUAUGCGUGGGGUGACAAUGACCACGGACAGCAGGGUAAUGGCACCACCCUGGUGAAUCGCAAGCCAGCGCCAGUUCAAGGGUUUGGAGAGGUACAGGUAAAUCGAGUGGCUUGCGGUUCAUCCCACUCGGUAGCCUGGUGUGCUUCAGACCGCAAAGCUCGGUUUAUAGCCGAUCCGGUGCUCUUCAGCCAGGCGAAGGACGCCCUGGGUGCUCAUAUCAUGGGACUAGGAGAGGCCACCAACUACAAGGACCUAUACACAGUGGGGCCAUUGGGCGCUAAGGAGUCUCUGGCUCGCACAAUCUUGUCACUUGAGUCCAACGUAGCCAAGCAGAACGCGUUACAACAUGUUCUCAAUGGUCUGCGGGUCAUGUACGCCAGGGACGCAGUCAUUGCUGCACUUACGUCCAACAACAAGGUCGAUGCUCCUGUCACAGAUGACACUGUGGAGACCCCUGACACUCCUCUCACGCAGGGAGGACCUGUGGGUGCUGAGAUAGCGCAGGGAGGGGGAGAGGCACCAGCCUGUGAAUCUGAAGUGGCUAACAUUAGCACCAAGUCAUCCCCUGAGAGUACUGACAGUCCCCUGGCAGCCUUCCCCUCUAUGUCCAUGUCCAGUUCUGCCAGUCUGUCCUCCCGAGCGUCCAAGAUGUCUGCCAGCGCCAUGAGUGUCAUCGCGGCCACUAUGAAAUGUAAUCCUCAGGCUCUAGGACUGGGAGAGGCUUCAUCGAAACCGGUAUCAACACUUGACGAUUUUACAUCUCUGCUGGGUCUGAAUGAUGCUCGCAUGUUGGUAGACCUGCUGAAGCUGGCCGUGGCCAAGAGAGUUGGCCCUGCUGCCAAGGAGACCAUUGCAAGUGUUCUCGUCAGCAUGGCGACCUCUCUCACAUCAGUAGCCGGGAUGUUGCUGGAGCUGUGCAUCACUGAACUGGAAGAUGUUGCCCUCAACAACAACAACAUCAACGCCACCCCCAUACCAGUUAUACAGGAGAGCUCUCACCCGUACAUAGACGAUAUUGCGCUGAGCGGACAUGUCAAGAUACCAGGAGCUCUGGUCCUGCGAGUGGAAUUUGAUCGACAAUGUUCCACAGAACGCAGACACGACCCUCUCUGUAUCAUGGACGGCAGCGGGAAGACCAUCUGUGUCAAAUCAGGUCGAGACUGGAGCGAUUGGUGUUCACCUGCAAUUAUACACGGAGAUGAAUUACGGUGGAAGUUCUCGAGUGAUGGAUCAGUGAACGGGUGGGGCUGGCGGUUCACAGUGUACCCUAUCACUAACCAUGACGGUCCCACGGGCUCGGACAGAGACAUGCUUUCUAAACCUAGUGUGGAACUAGUCAUGUCUCUGCUGGAACCUUGCCUCACACUUGCGCCUCACCGUUCCCUAAUCACACGAUUGGCUGCAGCCCUCGCCUCCUGCUCCCAGCUCAGCUCGCUAGGAUCGUCAGAGCGCAUGUGGUGCCUGGAGACUCUGCGAGAGGUUUUGUGCUCCGAUCUCGGCAAACUGUUAGAUCUGCCUUCUUUCCUACACACGGACCAGGUGGACUCUGCCCUGUCCAGUCUACUGAGGGGACUACCCCAGGCUCUGCUCAGACAGUAUGAAUAUGAGGAACCCUCUGUCAAGGCUGGUAGGCAGCUCAUGCACAGUCCCUUUUUCAAGGCUCUGGUAGCUCUGGCCUGUGAUCUUAGCCUGGACUCUCUCACCUGUUGUGCUGACAACAAGAAGUGGAUGUGGUUUAGACGCUACUGUCUGGCCAUGAGAGUGGCAUCAUCACUGAUACACAGGACGCCUCUUCCACAGACCUUCUGCCUAGAGGUCCAAAAGGAAAUUUCUGAAGUGGCAACCCGCAGUGGAGACCACAAGAAUGACCACGAGAACCACGAACUAUUCAAGCCCGAACAUGACGAGCAGCUGCUGCUGUGGGUUAACAGACAACCGGAGGACUGGAGUCUAUCAUGGGGAGGAACCAACACGAUCUACGGCUGGGGACACAACCACCGAGGACAGCUGGGAGGGGUGGAGGGGGCCAAGGUGAAGGUGCCAGCACUGUGCGAGGCACUGUCAGCUCUGAGGCCUGUCCAGAUUGUGGGGGGAGAGCAGACACUACUAGCUGUCACUUCUGAUGGCAAAGUCUACGCCACUGGUUAUGGAGCUGGAGGCAGACUAGGGUUGGGUAACACAGACACUGUCACCACCCCUACUCUCAUUGAUUCUUUGGAGAAUGUCUUCAUCAAGAAGGUGGCUGUCAACUCUGGGGGCAAACACUGUAUGGCUCUCACGUUUGAUGGAGAGGUCUACUCAUGGGGUGAAGGAGAUGAUGGAAAACUGGGACACGGCAACAAAGCGAUGUGUGACCGUCCCACACUGAUAGAGGCACUGCGGGGCAAGGAGAUCGUGAACAUUGCCUGUGGGGGCUCACACAGCGCAGCUGUCACAGUGCACGGAGAGCUCUACACGUGGGGUAAGGGCAGGUACGGCAGGCUGGGCCAUGGAGACACAGAGGACAGAUUCGUGCCUAAACUGGUGGAGGCUCUGCUGGGAUACAGUGUGGUGGAUGUGGCAUGUGGCAGCGGAGACGCCCAGACUUUGGCCAUCACAGACGAUGACAGCGUGUGGUCCUGGGGCGAUGGAGACUAUGGCAAGCUGGGCCGAGGUGGCUCCGAUGGCUGCAAGGUGCCAAUGAAGAUAGAGUCGCUGGCUGGUCUCGGAGUGGUCAAGGUUGAGUGUGGGUCCCAGUUCUCUGUAGCUCUCACCAGAUCUGGUGCGGUCUACACCUGGGGCAAGGGAGACUAUCACCGACUAGGCCACGGUACAGACGAUCAUGUGAGAAGACCAAGAAAGGUGGCAGCCCUGCAAGGGAAGAAAGUCAUAAGUAUUGCCACUGGUUCUCUGCACUGUGUGGCCUGUACGGACCAAGGAGAAGUGUUCACUUGGGGAGACAAUGAUGAGGGUCAGCUGGGAGACGGUACCACCACCGCUAUCAUGAGGCCCAGACUUAUAGUUGCUUUACAGGGUAAGAAGAUGACACGGGUGGCAUGCGGUUCGGCUCACACGCUGGCGUGGAGCACAGACAAGCCAUUCGCUUCCACUGUGCCGACUCGGGUACCGAUGGAGUACGAUGUGCUGAAGGAGUUACCCCCUGCACUUAUACGCAACCGACUCGUGUUGUUGCUACACUUCAGUGAUCUGCUGUGUCCCUCGGUGACCAUGUUCCCCCUCACUGGGGAUGUAAGUCUAGACUCCCUUCGAGGCUUCCUAGUAUACAUGGUCAAGGAGAUCACCUUCCGCAAGGUGGUUCAAGCCACGAUGGUGAGAGACCGGCAGCACGGCCCAGUUAUCGAGCUGAACAGGAUUCAGGUGAAGCGCUCUCGCAGCAAGGGAGGGUUGGCUGGACCCGAUGGCAUCAAGUCAGUCUUCGGCCAGAUGCUAGGCAAGGUGCAGUUCCUCACGCAGGAAGCCCUGUUCCUUCCUCACCGCGUCUGGAAAGUCAAGUUUGUCGGUGAGAGCGUGGAUGACUGUGGGGGAGGUUACAGUGAGAGUAUCGCAGAGAUGUGUGACGAGCUACAGAACGGUUCCUUGCCGCUCCUCAUCCCCACUCCUAAUGGUAGGGACGACACCGGCACCAACAGGGACUGCUUCCUGCUCAACCCAUCGGCCGCCAGCUCCCUGCACCUUACGAUGUUCAAGUUCUUGGGUAUACUGAUGGGCAUAGCAAUACGCACUGGUAGUCCCUUGAGCCUGAACCUGGCUGAGCCGGUGUGGAAGCAACUGGCAGGAAUAGCUCUCACUCCAUCUGACCUGCAGGAGAUCGACAGAGACUAUGUUCCAGGUCUGCUGUGUAUCCGAGACAUGAACCCCGAUGAGAAGGAGUUACAGACACUGGACAUGCCGUUCUCCACCCCUUCAGCCACAGGGGUUGAUGUCCCCUUGUCCUCUAGUCACCGUAAGGUCACCGCGCAGAAUCGUGAAGAGUUCAUCAGGCUGGCCCUCAACUACAGACUCCACGAGUUUGACGAGCAGGUGAAGGCAGUGCGGGAGGGCAUGGCCAAGGUGGUGCCAGUUCCUCUUCUCACACUGUUCAGUGGAUAUGAGCUAGAGACUCUGGUCUGCGGUUCUCCAGACAUUCCCCUGGCCCUCCUCAAGUCUGUUGCUACGUACAAAGGAGUGGAGCCAGGAGCACCUCUAGUCCAGUGGUUUUGGGAGGUGAUGGAAGAGUUCUCCAACCAGGAGAGGUCGCUGUUCCUCAGGUUUGUGUGGGGCCGCACGCGGCUGCCACGCACCAUCCCAGACUUCCGUGGCCGAGACUUUGUCCUUCAGGUGUUGGAUAAGUACAACCCUCCAGAUCACUUCCUUCCAGAGAGCUAUACGUGUUUUUUCCUGCUCAAGAUGCCCAGAUACUCAAGCAAGAUGAUUCUGCGAGAGAAACUGAAGUAUGCUAUCCAUUUCUGCAAGUCGAUAGACACAGAUGAGUACGCUCGUGUGGCGAUGCCACGGUCACUCCAUGCCAGCUCCAACAGUGACAGUGAUGGGCUUGAGAGCAUUGCCAGCGAAGAGAUCGGCUCCACGUAAACAUCAGUGGACUAAUCAACUACACUUGUAGACUACACCAUCUCUAAACAAAUUUUCUCUUGUUUUUCUGUAUGUAUUCAUUUUGGAACUAUGAUAAUGUUAUUUUCUUAGUAUGUACUUGCAUCAUUUUGUAUAUUUUGUAAAAAUUAUUGUAAUUGUGUAUUUAUAUUUGAAUAAUUUUUGUACUCAAUGUUACCAUCUGUUAUUGAUUUAAGUCUGUAUUCAUGUAUUAAUACUUUCUUUCCUAAAAUGUGUAUGUUUUGUGUGUUUUUGUAUUAAAGAAAGUGAAACAUUUUAGAAUUUUUAGGCCUGGUUGAUAAUUUGAUUUUAUUAGUCUGUAAAGUAUAUUUAAAAAUUGUAUACAAUUGUAAAGUUUGAAAUUGUCUAUAUUUAUUUUAUUGAAACAGUAUUACAAUUUUCCCCUGUUUGGUAUUUGAAGGCAUAAACAGUAAUACCUUCAUAUUAAAGACUAGUAGUACAAAGUUUACACUAGUGGUAUUACAUCAACAAAGUUAUUUCAAAAUUAAAUAACCUGCUAUUCCCUAUAAAAUACUAAAUAUAAAAAAUUCUCCUUGCAUAAAAAUUCCAUAUAAAAUGAAAAAUAAUGAAUAACCAUUGUCCACUGAAAUUUAAGACAAAUUUUACUAGGGAUGGGUAGAUUGUAUAUUUAUCACUCCUUUAUAAUGUAACAAUCUAUAAUCUUACCUUAUUUGUUAAUAUUUUUUACUUUCAAUCUUUGAUAUCAUAUUAAUAUUGUUAGUGAAAAUAAAAUACAGGGUCUGUCCAAGAAGUAUUGAGACUGGUUCAAAAGUCAAAAUUUAUUGCAGGUAUCAUUACAAUUACUUUAAUAAUCUGAAAAAUACAUUCCUCCUGCAUCAAUAUACUUAGUUCGGUGUGUCUGCCACUUGUCAAAAGUUCGCUGGAAAUCGGUUUUCGAAUACUGCUGAGAACCUUUGUUUUUGCCUCUUGAACCGCCUCAAUGGAAUCAAACCGAUGUGCUUUAAGCUUCGUUUUCAUUCACGAAAACAAGAAAAAGUUUAAUGGAACCAGGCAUCGUCAUGGUGAAGUUUCCAAUUCUUCGCAAUGGCUUUCGCACGUGCCUUACACGAUUUCUCAGCUGUGUCAGUAAUUUUUUUAUUUUGACAUCCAAGUUUUUUCUCGGAUGCGGGAACAUGCAUGUGCCAUUCUGAACUUUGACAUUUUAUUUCAGGGUCGUAUUAAAACACUCACGAAUUAUCAGCAGUAAUAACUUUGUCGAGGAAAUCUACGUCUUCCUGGAUGCAGUCCAAAACUGUUGUGAAAUUUCCACCCGCAACAGUUUUUAUUCCUCGCCCAAGACUUUCGGCACCAGGUUCACGCACACUUUCCUCAUCGCAGGAUCCUCACUUACAAUGGACGGUUCCAACUAAAAGGCCGUUCUCCUCAAUAGUAAGGGCAAUGAUAAAGUACCUGUCAAGAGUCUAAAACUGAUUACACUUUGGCCACCUGAGCAUCGGUUCGAGCGGUUAUUGGGCGCCCAAUGUGGUGAUCGUCUUCUAAUAGCUCUCGGCUUUCCUUAAACAUUUUGUACCACUCAAAAACUCUUUUGCGGCUUAAGGCAUCAUCCCCAUAAGCCUGUUAAACCCUUUAAGGAGUAUGGAUGUCAUAUGACGUCUUCUUUUGAUAGGCUAAAAUGAGUAAUGGGUGAAAUCCAAAAAAUUACCAAAAGGAGUAAAAAAUUAAAAUCUUUAAAAUCUCUUAAAAAAUGUUUAUUUACAUUUGAAAGCCUAAUAAAAAAAAGGACUACAUGUUCUACAAGUCAGUAUUUUUCAAAAUCAAAUGUGUUAUUUCCUUACUACGGCUGACUUGUUCAAUAUUGUUUGCCAUUUAGACAACAGUAACAAACUAGAUGGUUGCUCAACAAAUAUAAGUCACUCUCACAAGAUAAAUAUGACCACAGUAUGCAGUAUACAAGGAAUGGCUAGUAUAAUGUAGCGGCAUAUUCUGACAGCAAAGCGAUGUGCUUGCAAGCCAGAAGUCAGUGACUUCUACCAGUUGGUAAAAUCUGAUCUGGUGGUAAAAUCAGAUUACAAGUGAAUGCGAGCACAAACAUGGAAGUUAAGUAUGAUGCCGAUAGAUUGAACCACUUUACAGACUAAUCUACUUAAAGGCAAUCGGUAAUAGCAAUGCAUUUACGAUAAUACAAAAAUGCAGAGGCUAAACGUCAUAUGACGUCCGUACUCUUUUGGGCCACUAUAAGAAUAUAUGUCAUAUGAUGUCCUUACUCAUUAUGUAGAGUUUAUGCGCACUCCUUAAAGGGUUAAUGUGUUCAGGGGGUCUUGGAUACAGAUUUCCCGAGUUUAAAGUAAAAUUUCACAGCAUAGUGUUGCUCAUAGAGGUCCGCUCCAUGCUGGCAAAAUGACACCAUAAAAAAUCACACAUCACAAAAAUCCACCUUCUGUCUCAACGCAUGCCCGCAGGCGACUGAAUUAAAGUGCACCUGAGUGGUGAGGGAACCCUCUAUCGAGGCCGACCGGUCGGACCUCCUCCGCCACUCCAUUGAGGAUACAGCAAACCAGUUUCGAUACUUAUUCAACAGAUCCUGUAUUUUUAUUUGUAAAAAUCGGUUGUAUUUUGCUACAAAAACAAAAAUAUUAAAGUAAAUAAUUAUGGGCUACGUUUUUGUUCAGUUCUUCUAGUGAUUGUAUCGCUAAAAUUAUGAAAUAUCAAUUCUGAACUAAGUGUUUUACCAUUAUAAUUAUUGUAAUUUUGGCAGUAAAGACAUUUGUUUUAUAUUGGUCUAAGUAUUAAAUUCGUUAUGAGACAUUUAAAAUAUUACAUUAAUCCAAUAACGUUAAUGAUACUUUUUUAUUUAUUACAUUAUUGACAAUUUCUUAUAACAUUUUUUCACUUUAUACAUUGUUAAAGACAGGUGUUAAUUUUACCCUGGUAUUAUCUAAGAAUAUUAUUUAAUUUUUUAACAUUGAUUAAAUGUAUUUCCUAAUUUUAAAAUAGAUGAGACAGAUAUUGUUAUUUAUAUUUAUUACAGUACAACCUGUCAUAUCCUGCUCUGCAAUGUCAACAAAAAUCAUGCUGACUGUAAGAGCCCAAGUACACUUAUUUUCUGGAUAAGCCUUGUAUCCAGUUUGAACAAAUUCAAACUGUGUAUACAAGCUACAUAAUUGUUAUAAUAGUUGUAAAUGUCAUUAAAAAAACUUACUAAAACUUUCCAUUUUGACUUAUAUGUUUAAUAUUUUGGUAAGUAGCUAUAUGGAUACAUAGUAAAUAUUUAUGGGUGUAAUGAACAAAGUUUAGAAAAAGUCCUCAUUGUAUUCUGAAGAGUUUUUUAUCUGAACGUAUCUGUGAAACUAUUUAAAUGCAAAAUUUAAUAUCCAACUUGAGUCUGGAUUAGACUUUUAUCGAUCCACCCACCCCUAGUGUCUGUAAUAGUUUCUGGUGUUAAACCAAAGGGUUUUCACAUAAAAUCAAAAUAAUGAAUGUCAAGGUAAGGGCUUUAGUUACAUGGGAGUUACUUAUUUGUAUGAUCUUUAAAAAUCAAAAUGAGAAAUGCCAAAGAUUUUGUUUGCUCUAAUUUCAUUAAUGUGACCUGUAAUAUAAGUUGGAAAGAAAUAUUUUCACACACAAUGACUGUCAGCUGUGCACUAUAGUGAAGCAUUUUGUGAUUAUUUGAAAGCGGUAUUUUCGUUUUAGAAAACGUUGCUUCUCAAACCAUAUUGCUUCAGUAUAGAUAUUUUAUAUGUGCUGUAGAAUCAUUUAGAGGUCCGAAGUAGUAUAAUAGCACUGUUUAGAUUCAUCUAUCUGCAUUCAAAUCUAUGUGAUAAAAUACAUGUUUAUUAUAA